AGGCUCUUCCUUCUGCCCAGCUCCGCCCCACCCAGCAGCCCGCAGAGAAAGAAGGCAGCUGGCACCACACUGGGCUUUGGAGACACUGCGAGGACUGUGGACCCCACCCUGCUGCACGGAGAUCCUGCAAAAGCAAACCUGAGAACCUUGCAUACAGAUCCCUGCAAGAGGCAUCUGUCUCCAGUGGUCCAGCCUCUCAUUCCAAAUGAAAAGAAUCAAGUCACAGGAAUUCAUGGGUCUGUGAGGAAUCGCUCCCACCUGUGCCCAGGAGAUUAACAAAGGCAGUGGCUGCAGCUCUGUGAGCAGUGAUAUCCUCCCACAGGAGCGGUCCUCCCAGCGCCCAGCCAUGGGGGAACUGUGCCGCAGGGACUCCGCACUCACGGCACUGGACGAGGAGACACUGUGGGAGAUGAUGGAGAGCCACCGUCACAGGGUUGUACGCUGCAUCUGCCCCAGCCGCCUCACCCCCUACCUGCGCCAGGCCAAGGUGCUGUGCCAGCUGGACGAGGAGGAGGUGCUGCACAGCCCCCGGUUCACCAACAGCGCCAUGCGGGCCGGGCACUUGCUGGAUUUGCUGAAGACUCGAGGGAAGAACGGGGCCAUCGCCUUCCUGGAGAGCCUGAAGUUCCACAACCCUGACGUCUACACCCUGGUCACCGGGCUGCAGCCUGAUGUUGACUUCAGCAACUUUAGCGGUCUCAUGGAGACAUCCAAGCUGACCGAGUGCCUGGCUGGGGCCAUCGGCAGCCUGCAGGAGGAACUGAACCAGGAAAAGGGGCAGAAGGAGGUGCUGCUGCGGCGGUGCCAGCAACUGCAGGAGCACCUGGGCCUGGCCGAGACCCGUGCCGAGGGCCUGCACCAGCUGGAGGCUGACCACAGCCGCAUGAAGCGUGAAGUUAGCGCACACUUCCAUGAGGUGCUGAAGCUGAAGGACGAGAUGCUCAGCCUCUCACUGCACUACAGCAACGCGCUGCAGGAGAAGGAGCUGGCCGCCUCACGCUGCCGCAGCCUGCAGGAGGAGCUGUAUCUACUGAAGCAGCAGCUGCAGCGAGCCAACAUGGUUUCCUCCUGCGAGCUGGAAUUUCAAGAGCAGUCCCUGAGGACGGCCAGCGACCAGGAGUCCGGGGAUGAGGAGCUGAACCGCCUGAAGGAGGAGAAUGAGAAACUGCGCUCGCUGACUUUCAGCCUGGCGGAGAAGGACAUUCUGGAGCAGAGCCUGGACGAGGCGCGGGGGAGCCGACAGGAGCUGGUGGAGCGCAUCCACUCGCUGCGGGAGCGGGCCGUGGCUGCCGAGAGGCAGCGAGAGCAGUACUGGGAAGAGAAGGAACAGACCCUGCUGCAGUUCCAGAAGAGUAAGAUGGCCUGCCAGCUCUACAGGGAGAAGGUGAACGCGCUGCAGGCCCAGGUGUGCGAGCUGCAGAAGGAGCGAGACCAGGCGUACUCCGCGAGGGACAGUGCUCAGAGGGAGAUUUCCCAGAGCCUGGUGGAGAAGGACUCCCUCCGCAGGCAGGUGUUCGAGCUGACGGACCAGGUCUGCGAGCUGCGCACACAGCUUCGCCAGCUGCAGGCAGAGCCUCCGGGUGUGGCAGCUCCAGCUCCAGGCCCCCGGGGAGGCAAAGGAGCUCCUCCCUCCGCAUGUGGAACCCACCCGGCCCUUCCUUCCUCACCCCCUGCACGGCAAGCGUCCCACACCGACGGUGGAAACACACGUGUGCACGCAGAGAAAAACCCUCCUGGGGCAGGCACCAACACGCAGGCUGUGCUUAUUCUGAGUCUCAAGCAGGAAGCCAGGACCAGGGAGCCCUGUCCACGGGAGAAGCAGCGGCUGGUGCGGAUGCAUGCCAUCUGCCCCAGAGACGACAGCGACUGCAGCCUCGUCAGCUCCACAGAGUCUCAGCUCUUGUCGGACCUGAGCGCCACGUCCAGCCGCGAGCUGGUGGACAGCUUCCGCUCCAGCAGCCCCGCGCCCCCCAGCCAGCAGUCCCUGUACAAGCGGGUGGCCGAGGACUUCGGGGAAGAACCUUGGUCUUUCAGCAGCUGCCUGGAGAUCCCGGAGGGAGACCCGGGAGCCCCGCCGGGAGCUAAGGCAGGCGACCCACACCUGGAUUAUGAGCUCCUAGACACGGCAGACCUUCCGCAGCUGGAAAGCAGCCUGCAGCCAGUCUCCCCUGGAAGCCUUGAUGUCUCGGAGAGCGGCGUCCUCAUGCGGCGGAGGCCAGCCCGCAGGAUCCUGAGCCAGGUCACCAUGCUGGCGUUCCAGGGGGAUGCAUUGCUGGAGCAGAUCAGCGUCAUCGGCGGGAACCUCACGGGCAUCUUCAUCCACCGGGUCACCCCGGGCUCGGCAGCGGACCAGAUGGCCUUGCGCCCGGGCACCCAGAUCGUGAUGGUUGAUUACGGAGCCUCAGAGCCCUUGUUCAAGGCAGUCCUGGAGGACACGACCCUGGAGGAGGCCGUGGGGCUUCUCAGGAGGGUGGACGGCUUCUGCUGCCUGUCUGUGAAGGUCAACACAGACGGUUACAAGAGGCUACUCCAGGACCUGGAGGCCAAAGUGGCGACCUCGGGGGACUCAUUCUACAUCCGGGUCAACCUGGCCAUGGAGGGCAGGGCCAAAGGGGAGCUGCAGGUGCACUGCAACGAGGUCCUGCACGUCACCGACACCAUGUUCCAGGGCUGCGGCUGCUGGCAUGCCCACCGCGUGAACUCUUACACCAUGAAGGAUACUGCCGCGCACGGCACCAUCCCCAACUACUCCAGGGCUCAGCAGCAGCUCAUAGCCCUCAUCCAGGACAUGACUCAGCAGUGCACCGUGACCCGCAAGUCAUCUUCUGGGGGACCACAGAAGCUGGUCCGCAUCGUCAGUAUGGACAAAGCCAAGGCCAGCCCUCUGCGUUUGUCCUUUGACAGGGGCCAGUUGGACCCCAGCAGGAUGGAGGGCUCCAGCACGUGCUUCUGGGCCGAGAGCUGCCUCACCCUGGUGCCCUAUACCCUGGUGCGGCCCCAUCGACCCGCCCGGCCCCGGCCUGUGCUCUUCGUGCCCAGGGCGGUUGGGAAGAUCCUGAGCGAGAAACUGUGCCUCCUCCGAGGGUUUAAGAAGUGCCUGGCAGAGUACUUGAGCCAGGAGGAGUAUGAGGCCUGGAGCCAGAGAGGGGACAUCAUCCAGGAGGGAGAGGUGUCCGGGGGCCGCUGCUGGGUGACCCGCCAUGCUGUGGAGUCCCUCAUGGAAAAGAACACCCAUGCCCUCCUGGACGUCCAGCUGGACAGUGUCUGCACCCUGCACAGGAUGGACAUCUUCCCCAUCGUCAUCCACGUCUCUGUCAACGAGAAGAUGGCAAAGAAGCUCAAGAAGGGCCUACAGCGGUUGGGCACCUCAGAGGAGCAGCUCCUGGAGGCUGCGAGGCAGGAGGAGGGAGACCUGGACCGGGCGCCCUGUCUAUACACCAGCCUGGCUCCUGACAGCUGGAGCGACCUGGAUGGCCUGCUCAGCUGUGUCCGCCAGGCCAUCGCCGACGAGCAAAAGAAGGUGGUGUGGACAGAGCAGAGCCCCCAAUGAUGCACCGUGCCCCUUCCCGGGACUGUGGGGGCUUCUGUGUGCCUGUUAAUGCAGUCCUGUUCCUCAGCCCAGGCCCUCUUGGCACAGCUGUGGGCUCCUUGGCACAUGAGGCCGGCUCUCCCCACUGGUGGGGUCUAACCUUGAACCCUCACCACGUGCAGGUCACACACAGUGAAGCCACUUGUAACUGCACACUUUUCUGUGGAAACAUCUUCACCCUUUACCAGGCUUGGCAUGGUCUGAACUGGAAACCCUGAGAAUGUUUCUGCAGUGGGACAGGAGGGAUGUCUUCCCAUGCCUUCCCUAGAACCGGAGGCCCCGGACCUCUCUGGAAAACCGCCUGUCUGCAGGCCCGAUUCAAAUCUAUGGGGGCUGCACUUCCCUUUUACAUUUUGAUGUGUCAAAGGCUUUUGGAGUGACCAAAAGCACAGAGGCAGCGGGUGGGGAGCCUGGGUGGUCCCCAAGGUCGCUGCCACCCUUGCCCGGGGCAGAGGCACAAGCCCACAUAUGCUGUGACCCUGGCCACCUUUUCUCAGCUUCUGAGGCUGCGAUGCCUCAGGAACUCCAGUUUACAAAGACCAGUGUGUUUACUUGUAAAUAAAGCCUCUGGGUGGUGGAGACGGUACUUUCAGUGGGUCUGUGCCCUGUGGCCUCUGUGCCUGUUCGGUGGGGGUGUCCCAGAGAAGCCUGGCACCAGUACCCCCGUACAAGGCCCAGCGGACUCUGCCUUCCCCUGACCUGGCUUUGCACCCCAGCCCUUCUUGGGCCAAACAUCUUUACUCCACCUUCAGGGCUCGGGGAGGACCCAGGUCCCCCAGCACCUGGCCUUGCCCCUGCCUCCUGGGGCUGUUGCAGACUGAAUGUCAUUUUGACAGCAGUGUCCAAGAAUCAGGAAGCUGUUCUAGAAUUCAGGUUGGUAUCAUCAUAAAUGAGUUCAGAAAAAUAACUUCUGUAUAUUUUACUAAAAUAAAAAGCUUUUACAAUA